AUGGAGAACACGCUCAACCUCGCCCCGUUGUGGGAAGCCCAACAAAUGUGCGCAAAGCACCACGACCAAGCAGUUUUGAUCGGCCGAAUUGCUCUAGACACUUGCUUAAAUUUGAGUGAGAAUGAAGCUGAUGAUCUCUCUGGGCCUCUGGACAUUGCAGAAAAGGCAAUGUCAGUCAUCGAUAGUAUCUUCAAGACUCACACCAAGCAAAGCUAUAUCCUUGGGUCCAUUGAGCAGCAGAGUCAUCGUAUCUGCGCUGGCGAUCCGCUGAUACUUGUCAAGGCCAUGAUGACAGUCUGGUCAUCGAAUGCAUCGCCACUCAUCACCAGGGAUCUACAGGAGACGUCUGACUAUGCAACAAGCAUCAUCAACUUGGGCCUGAUUUCCAUGCUCUUUACUUCGGAAAGGUGGACGACAUUGGGCUCGCAAUGGGAAGCUUUGAAAACCAAGACACUCCUUGCGAACGCUGCGGUCUCUUUGAUUUUUGCAACCUACUUCAUUUCUCAAGCCUACGACGAAACUAUGCAUCCAUACAUCGAGGAUUACAUCGACGGAUCUCAGCCGACGAGCAUUCAGAUUUUCCUCAAGUACACAUGGAGGGUGGCCCAAACGACACUUCCACAACGAUCGCCAGGCAAUCUAUUUGGCCUCACGAGUGAGGAUAUGAAGAUUUCUCCAAGCGGCAAGCGUCUACUUGUGCGUGAUGGAAGUGACACCUGGGAUGAUCCGGUAUAUUGGCAUCCUGGAAAGCAGACGAUAGGUUCUCCAUGGGGCAAAUUCCAUCGCAACAAGCAUCAGCCAACGUUUCUGCCUACUAAGAAGUCGACACUUCCCCAUACCAUGUACCGACUGCCGACAUCCUCCGUUAAGCUGGCAGAAACAUUCGAGGAGUACUACGAAGAUGUCGAGCUGAAGUUGUUAGAGACUGAGCGUCAGAUAGCUGAUGUUUCCGGCGAGACUGCUGCAGAUCAGUUUCAUCGACUGGCUUCAGCGAGCGGAUCAAGCUAUCCUGAUGAAGGCAUUGAUGAAGAUGAUGCGGACGAAGUUUACGAAGCGACUCAGGAAUACAAGAACAGCGUUUCUUUGACACGGAAGCCAAUUUUGGACCUCAGAGGCCAUGCGACUUUGCCAUUUUUAACAACGGCGGCCAGAGCCCUCAGGUUUGACGAAGAGCCUGAAACUUUUGAGGAUGAUUUCUGGGUGAUGACAUUUGGUGGCGUGGAAGCUGGAGAACUAGAUCAAUGA